AUGAGGCAAUGGGUGGACUGUUUGAGGGGCAUAACUCGUGGCCUGGUGACAAACUCAAGUAUUCUGCAGGCUCUGCUGCGCCUGGCGACACUGGUGACGAGCGCGGAGCAGAACGCUGAGCAGUGUGUGCAGACGGUGGCUGUGCUGGACGCGCUCGGGCUUUGGCCACGAUCGGCUUCGGGGUCGGGCCCAGAGCGCGUCUGCGGGAGGCUCGGCCCUGGAGCACCUCCAAGGCUGGGGCGACAACUGGACGGCGCGACCCGCGGACAGGAGACCCUGGGGCAGUGCGACCCCCGACGGGCGACCUGGGGCCUGCAGGACGCUGCCAGCCGCGUGGGCCGCGCCGCCUGGCCAGUCCGAGGGGCGGGGCGGGGCGGGGGCGGGGCGGGCGCGUCGGCCAAUCCCGAGCCCGGGCGCCUCCCACCCCACCCCCGCCCCGGGAGCGCCCCCAACAGCUGCGGCCCCGCAGGGUUCCCCCAGACCGAAACUGCUGGGGUCGCGUUCACCCCGUCGCCCCCGGACCAGGACCCGAACCUGGACCCUGACCCCGACCCCGACCCGGAUCCGGACCCGGACCAGGACCCGAACCUGGACCCUGACCCCGACCCCGACCCGGAUCCGGACCCGGACCCGGACCCAGAGCCCGACCCCGACCCCGACCCUGAUCCUGACCCGGACCCGGACCCAGAGCCCGACCCCGACCCCGAUCCGGAUCCAGACCCGCCCCCAAACCGCGACCCGGACCCGGAACAGUGA